CUUGAUCCAAAGUUGCUCGAGAUGCGAUCAGAACCAAUGUUGGUGCUAGUGCUGCUCGGUGCAGUACUACAACUACGACUAGCUGAUGCAGUUGCGGUUACCUUUGGAAAUUGCACUCCCAAGGGUAGCUCAGAGCGUGGUGUUUGCAUCCAUAUCAACAACUGUCCGACUCUUUUGGGCAUUCUCAAUAGCAACCAAACUCCAGAUGCUGAGCGUCAACUAUUAUCGGAUAGCCAAUGUGGUUUGGAUAAUACACGCACAGGCUUAGUUAAUCGUAUUCUAGUCUGUUGUCUUCCGAGUCAAAUGAAGGAAAAGGAUUUAGUUACUGACACUACUUCUGCCAACGAUGGAAAUGGUAAUAUUUUGCCUAGUAUUGGCACUUGUGGCGUUAUGUUCGCCAAUCGGAUUAUUGGCGGCGUUGACACACAACUUUGGGAAUUUCCCUGGAUGGUCCUAUUGCAAUAUAAAAGAGCUAUCAACGGUGAUUUAACCUUCAAUUGUGGUGGUGCUCUUAUCAAUUCUCGCUAUGUGCUGACCGCGGGUCAUUGUUUGGCCAGCCAAAAGCUUGAAAAAAAUGGUCUAGAACUGCAUAGCGUCCGCUUAGGUGAGUACGAUACCACCAACGAUCCCGAUUGUGUAACUGAGAAAAAUGGUAAAACAACAUGCGCUCCAAAUCACAUUGACAUUGAGAUUGACGAACACAUUAUCCAUGAAUCAUAUAUGCCCAAUUCUAUUGAUCAAAUGAAUGACAUUGGUUUACUGCGACUCAAGAAGAGUGUAAGUUACACCGACUAUAUAAAGCCCAUUUGCUUGCCGAUUGAUGAUGAAUUCCGUAAUAAUGCUUUUGAGAGCUAUGCCAUGGAUAUAUCCGGUUGGGGUAAAACGAAGGACAACAACCCAAGUGCGAAAAAACAAAAGGCUACAGUCGAUGUAUGGAAUUUGGGACGUUGUCAGGAUAAAUAUCGUUCUUAUCAAAUGCAUUUGAAUAACACACAGUUGUGUGCUGGUGGCAAGUUGGAAAUUGAUACUUGUGGCGGUGAUUCCGGUGGCCCUCUUAUGGUCCCUAUUAAUAAGAAUAAGCAGGAAAUAUUUUAUGCUGCCGGUAUUACAUCAUAUGGGCCGGAACCAUGCGGUCUGCAGGGUUGGCCGGGUGUCUACACUAGAACAGCUGCUUUUGUCGAUUGGAUUCAACAGAAAUUGAAGGCAUAAUAAAACAAAUAUUGCUAAUUUA